CAGCAUUAUGGUGUGGUCCAUGAUCUGGGCAGGUGUGAUGGCUCUGCUGAUGACCCAGUGGGGCUCUGCUGAAAAGCUGGUGUGCUACUUCACAAACUGGGCCCAGUACCGAGAGGGGGCGGCUCGUUUCUUGCCCAGGAAUGUGGACCCCAACCUGUGCACCCACCUCAUCUAUGCCUUCGCUGGCAUGAGCAGCCACCAGCUCAGCUCCGUAGAGUGGAAUGACAAGACUCUCUACCAGGAGUUCAAUGGCCUGAAGAAGAUAAAUCCCAAGCUCAAGACUCUGCUAGCCAUCGGGGGCGGGAACUUUGGCACUCAGAAGUUCACAGACAUGGUGGCCACACCUAGCAAUCGACAGACCUUUGUGGACUCAGCUAUCAAGUUUCUGCGCACGUAUGGCUUUGAUGGYCUUGACCUUGACUGGGAGUUCCCAGGAAGCCGGGGGAGCCCUGCUGUGGACAAGGAACGCUUCACAGCCCUGGUCCAGGACUUGGCCAAGGCCUUCCAGCAGGAAGCCUCGACUUCAGGGAAGGAACGACUCCUUUUGAGUGCAGCCGUCCCGGGAGGGCAAGGCAUUAUGGAUGCUGGCUAUGAGGUGGACAAAAUCACUCGGAACUUGGAUUUCAUCAACCUUAUGGCUUACGACUUCCAUGGUUCUUGGGAGAAGGUCACAGGGCACAACAGCCCUCUCUUCAAGAGGCAGGGAGAGAGCGGUGCAGCCGCCACAUUGAACGUGGAUGCCGCUGUACAACUGUGGCUGCAGAAGGGGACCCCCGCCAACAAACUGAUUCUCGGCAUGCCCACCUAUGGACGAUCCUUCACCCUGGCCUCCUCGUCAGACACUGGAGUGGGGGCCCCAGCCACAGGGCCUGGCGCUCCGGGCCCCUUCACUAAGGAAGGAGGGGUUCUGGCUUACUAUGAGGUGUGCUCCUGGAAGGGGGUGCAUAGAAUYGAGGACCAGAAGGUGCCCUACGUCUUCCAGGACAACCAGUGGGUGGGUUUUGAUGAUGUGGAGAGUCUCAAAGCCAAGGUCAGCUAUCUGAAGCAGAAGGGACUGGGCGGGGCCAUGGUCUGGACCCUGUCCUUGGAUGACUUCGCGGGCUCCUUCUGCAACCAGGGCCGAUACCCCCUCAUCCAGACCCUGAGGCUGGAGCUGAGUGAGUAAGG